GCUGUGUGCUGGCUGGUGCAGGAGCUGAAAGGAGGACCCAAGAAUUAGACUCAAACCCAAAGGACACGUCUCACUAAUACAUCCGGUGGCUACAACACUAGGGAACGUGCUUAAACCCAACGAUUAAAGCCGAAACUUCGCCAUUUUUGUUAAUUUACCGAAAGGAGGCUGGUCCAUCUCAAGCCCACCCAUUCAGUCUUGGGUUGAAAUUUGCACAAAUUAGCUUGCUACCAAGAGCUGGUCAAGAAACUGGAACUACUAACUAAAGGCCCCUUAAGAGAUGUCAUUGCUCUGUGUUGGAGUAAAAAAAGGAAAGCUUGAUGGACCACAAGAGAAAUUUAAUACCUAUGUGACACUGAAGGUGCAGAAUGUCAAGAGCACAACUAUCGCGGUGCGCGGCAGUCAGCCGAGUUGGGAGCAGGACUUCAUGUUUGAAAUAAACCGCCUGGAUCUGGGCCUCACAGUGGAGGUGUGGAAUAAGGGGUUAAUCUGGGACACCAUGGUGGGAACUUUAUGGAUCCCUCUGAGCAACAUAAGGCAGUCCAAUGAGGAGGGUCCAGGUCAGUGGCUGACUUUGGAUUCAAAUGUGAUCAUGUCUGAAAAUGAAAUCUGUGGAACAAAAGACCCAACGUUUCACAGACUGCUGCUGGAUACACGAUUUGAACUGCCACUAGACAUUCCAGAAGAGGAGGCUCGCUACUGGGCAAAAAAACUUGAACAGCUAAAUGCAAUGAGGGACCAAGAUUAUCAGGAGGAACAGGAGCGGCCCCUGCAUGCUCCAUCCACUCAGUGCUGCAAUUGGAGUCUCUGGGGCGAUCAACAAAACGAUGACCCUGACAGUGCAGUUGAUGACCGGGACAGUGACUACCGCAGUGAGACCAGUAACAGCAUCCCCCCUCCAUACUACACCACCUCACAGCCCAAUGCUUCCAUGCACCAGUAUCCCAUGAGGCACCAGCACUACAGACACUCCUACAGCGAUGACAUGCACGAGCUGGACUAUGACCACAGAGCUAUGAGACACUUUGAUAGUUUAGACUCAGCCACCAACGGGCGCAGCGAUAUGGACUCAGGCUCAGGGUCAAGCCGCCGCACCAGUCGUCAGUAUUCUCUAGACAGUAGGCAUUCACUGUCCGAUAGCCCAACAGACAGCCGAUACGCAUCCUCUGGUGAGUUGAGCCGAGGCAGCUCCCAGCUCAGCGAGGAGUUUGUCCCAGAGGACGGAGAGAGCUUACGGGGAUCUGAGUUUUACGAUGAGAACGAUUCCUACCACUCCUGCCACUCGUCUGUCAGCUACGGCAAAGAGGAUUCCCCAGGCUGGGAAGGAGAGGAUGCACAGGGAGUCUAUAGUGACGAGGGAGGUUAUAUCAAAGAUGGAGGAGAAGGAGGAGCACUUUAUGAUGAAGACGGAGAUAUGUACGGAGAGGAAGGGGACUAUAACUAUGAGGAAGAGGAGAUUGCAUAUGAGGAAGAAGAGGAAAUGUACCCACUGGACUCUACUUUUACUGAAGACCAAGAAGUACCAUAUACACCAACACCCACAAGCACUGCCCAAACUUUGAUACCCCCUUCAGAUGGUUUGUCUUCCACAAGGCCACCACUAGAAAAACAGACAUCUCUGCAUCAGCGGAGACCUUCACAAGACCAACUCCAACCCCAAAGUACAAGCAUGGGUCUGCCGCAAGUAACAAAAGAGGAUACAAUGCCUUCAUUCACUACAGAUACUUCCAAGCCUUUGUUUACGUCAACUCAGUCAGAUUUGAGUACCACCACGACUACAACAACUACUGCAGUUACUUUAGAGGUCCCAGCUGUAGAGGAACAUGAGGAGGCAGAGUCUAGAUUAGAGGUGCCCCCAGAUGAGCCCCACCCCCCUGAAAAGCCCCCAGAACCAGAGAGCGCACCACCUAUGACAGAGGAGAAGCCAGAGGAGCGUCCUGUGCCAAGCUUCCCAAGAAGAGAAAUGAUGGAGCCGGGUCAUGCUAGAGCCAAGGCUAACUGGCUAAGACUGUACAGCAGAGUACGGCUCCAGCUUCAGGAGGCUCGAGGAGAAUCUGUGGGCAUUGCGUCGCUUCUUUUAUCAGCAGGAAUGGGUGGCGCUUUGUAUAGUAUUGACAGUAUGCCAGAUCUCAGGAAGAGAAAAGCUAUGCCUCUAGUUAGAGACUUGGCCAUGUCUUUGGUUCAGAACUCCAGAAAGGCCGGCAUCACCUCAGCUCUGACCUCCAGCACCUUGCACAAUGAAGAACUGAAGAGUCAUGUCUAUAAAAAGACACUUCAGGCUCUGAUAUAUCCCAUUUCUUGCACCACUCCACACAAUUUUGAAGUGUGGACCGCCACCACUCCCACGUACUGCUACGAGUGUGAGGGACUGCUGUGGGGCAUCGCUCGCCAGGGCAUGCGCUGUACUGAGUGUGGCGUCAAAUGCCACGAGAAGUGCCAAGAUCUGCUCAAUGCUGAUUGUCUUCAAAGAGCAGCCGAGAAGAGCUCCAAACACGGUGCAGAAGAUCGUACCCAGAACAUUAUAAUGGUGCUUAAAGAUCGCAUGAAGAUCAGAGAGAGAAACAAGCCUGAAAUCUUUGAACUGAUUCAAGAAGUCUUUGCUGUGGCUAAGUCCCUCCAUGUCACACAAAUGAAGCAGAUAAAACAGAGUGUACUUGACGGCACAUCCAAGUGGUCGGCUAAAAUUAGUAUCACAGUUUUAUGUGCCCAGGGUUUACAAGCAAAGGAUAAAACAGGCUCCAGUGAUCCUUAUGUCACUGUUCAAGUGGGAAAGACAAAGAAGAGGACCAAGACUAUCUAUGGCAAUCUCAACCCUGUCUGGGAGGAGACAUUCAAUUUUGAGUGUCACAACUCCUCAGACCGCAUCAAAGUGAGAGUUUGGGAUGAGGAUGAUGACAUUAAGUCUCGUGUAAAGCAGAAAUUUAAGAGAGAAUCAGAUGACUUCCUCGGUCAAACUAUCAUUGAGGUUCGCACUCUGAGUGGAGAAAUGGACGUGUGGUACAAUCUUGAUAAGCGUACUGACAAAUCAGCGGUGUCUGGGGCUAUCCGCAUGCACAUUAGUGUUGAGAUCAAAGGAGAGGAGACUGUGGCACCAUAUCAUGUUCAGUAUACCUGCCUGCAUGAGAACCUCUUCCACUAUGUAACGGAUAUCCAGAAUAAUGGUGUGGUGAAAAUCCCUGAUGCUAAAGGUGAUGAUGCGUGGAAGGUCUAUUUUGAGGAGACUCCCCAAGAGAUAGUGGAUGAAUUUGCCAUGCGUUACGGAGUGGAGUCCAUUUAUCAGGCCAUGACCCACUUUGCCUGCCUGUCAUCCAAGUACAUGUGCCCUGGUGUACCUGCCGUAAUGAGUACUCUUCUGGCUAAUAUCAAUGCCUACUACGCUCACACCACACAGGCCACCAACAAUGUGUCAGCCUCCGACCGAUUUGCUGCCUCUAAUUUUGGGAAAGAAAGAUUUGUGAAGCUCUUGGAUCAAUUACACAACUCACUGAGGAUUGACUUGUCCAUGUACAGGAAUAAUUUCCCAGCCAGCAGUCCUGAGAGGCUCCAAGAUCUCAAGUCCACGGUGGACCUCCUCACUAGUAUCACAUUUUUCAGGAUGAAGGUUCAAGAGCUUCAGUCCCCACCCAGAGCCAGUCAAGUAGUGAAAGACUGUGUGAAGGCUUGUCUCAACUCCACCUACGAGUACAUUUUCAACAACUGCCAUGAGCUGUACAGUCGCGAGUAUCAGACUGAUCCGGCCAAACAGGGAGCAGUUCCUCCAGAGGAGCAGGGACCCAGCAUUAAGAAUCUGGAUUUCUGGUCAAAACUGAUCACACUAAUUGUGUCCAUUAUUGAAGAAGACAAGAACUCCUAUACUCCUUGUCUUAACCAAUUUCCACAAGAACUUAAUGUGGGUAAAAUCAGUGCUGAAGUCAUGUGGAACCUGUUUGCUCAGGAUAUGAAGUAUGCAAUGGAGGAACAUGAGAAAAAUCGCUUGUGCAAGAGCGCAGACUACAUGAACCUACAUUUCAAAGUCAAGUGGUUGUACAAUGAAUACUGCAAAGACCUUCCCUUUUUCAAAAGCAGAGUGCCUGAAUAUCCUGCGUGGUUUGAACCAUUCGUCAUUCAGUGGCUGGAUGAAAACGAGGAGGUGUCACGUGACUUUCUACAUGGUGCUCUGGAGAGAGACAAAAAGGAUGGGUUCCAGGUUACCUCUGAGCAUGCCCUCUUUUCCUGUUCAGUGGUGGAUGUGUUUUCUCAGCUCAAUCAGAGCUUUGAAAUUAUUCGUAAACUAGAGUGUCCUGAUCCACAAAUAGUUGGCCACUACAUGAAGAGAUUUGCCAAGACUAUCAGCAAUGUUCUGCUGUCCUAUGCCGAUGUCAUCUCCAGGUUGUUUCCGAACUAUGUCACAAUGGAGAAAGUGCCAUGCAUCUUGAUUAACAACAUCCAACAACUGAGAGUCCAGCUAGAGAAGAUGUUUGAAGCAAUGGGUGGAAAAGAUCUGUGUGUUGAGGCCAGUGACAUCCUGAAAGAUUUGCAGGUCAAACUCAACAAUGUAAUGGAUGAUCUCAGCAGAGUCUUUGCUGUCAGUUUCCAGCCCCACAUUGAGGAGAAUGUGAAGCAGAUGGGAGACAUCCUGGCUCAGGUAAAGGGAACCUCUAAUGUGGGUAAUGCCAGCAGUGUGGCCCAGGAUGCCGACAAUGUCCUCCAGCCCAUCAUGGAGUUCCUGGACAGCAACCUGACGUUGUUUGCAAAGAUUUGUGAGAAGACUGUGCUAAAGCGCGUGCUGAAGGAGCUGUGGAAGCUGGUCAUGAACACCAUGGAGAAGACCAUUGUUCUGCCUCCGCUGACAGACCAAACGAUGAUUGGGAGACUGAAGAGCGCAUCUCACAGUGAUGGAACACAGCUCAUCUUCAACGCUGCCAAAGAGCUAGGGCAGUUGUCCAAGUUGAAGGAACACAUGGUUCGGGAGGAGGCCAAGGCUCUCACACCAAAGCAAUGUGCUGUCAUUGAGCUGGCUCUAGACACCAUUAAGCAAUACUUUCAUGCUGGUGGUGUGGGUUUGAAGAAGACAUUUUUGGAGAAGAGUCCGGAUCUCCUGUCCCUUCACUAUGCUUUGUCCCUCUACACUCAGGCUACAGACAAACUCAUAAAGACCUUUGUCCAAUCACAAAACGCACAAGUGUUCGGCGGGAAGGGGGUGAGGUUCACCAGUAGUGAGGAUAUUUACCCAGACAAGGGUAUGUGA